AUGUCUUCAGGCCAGAUUCUUGGUAUUCGUUUUUUAGAUAAACUCUGCUCUCAGAAACGUGAUGUAUCUAGUCCUGAAGAAAACACACAGUCCAAGAGCAAGUACUGUCUAAAAAUAAACCGUCCUAUUGGGGAAGCUAACGAUACCCAAGAUGAUGAGGUGGAAGAAAUUGGAGAUCACGACGAUAGUCCGUCAGAUGUGACAGUGGAAGGAACCCCCCCCAGUCAGGAGGAUGGAAAAUCACCUACCACUACCCUGAGAGUUCAAGAAGCAAUUUUGAAAGAAUUGGGGAGUGAAGAGGUUCGAAAAGUAAACUGUUAUGGCCAGGAAGUAGAGCCUAUGGAAACAACUGAAUCAAAAGACUUAGGAUCUCAAACCCCUCAGGCACUGACAUUUAAUGAUGGCAUAAGUGAAGUGAAAGAUGAACAGACACCAGGCUGGACAACAGGAGCUGGGGACAUGAAAUUUGAAUAUUUGCUUUAUGGUCACAGGGAACAUAUUGUAUGUCAGGCUUGUGGCAAGACAUUUUCUGAUGAAGCACGACUGAGAAAACAUGAAAAGCUACAUACUGCUGAUAGACCAUUUGUUUGUGAGAUGUGUACAAAAGGCUUUACCACACAAGCUCAUUUGAAAGAGCAUCUGAAAAUACACACAGGUUACAAGCCUUACAGUUGUGAGGUAUGUGGAAAGUCUUUUAUUCGUGCACCAGAUCUAAAAAAGCAUGAAAGAGUUCACAGUAAUGAGAGGCCAUUUGCAUGCCAUAUGUGCGAUAAAGCUUUCAAGCACAAGUCCCACCUCAAAGACCAUGAAAGAAGACACCGAGGAGAGAAGCCUUUUGUCUGCAGUUCCUGCACUAAAGCAUUUGCUAAGGCAUCUGAUCUAAAAAGGCAUGAGAACAAUAUGCACAGUGAAAGAAAACAAGUUACUACAGCCAAUGCCAUCCAGAGUGAAACAGAACAAUUACAGGCAGCAGCUAUGGCUGCUGAAGCAGAGCAGCAAUUAGAAACUAUAGCUUGCAGUUAGAAACAAAAGCAGCAACUUUAUCAGAAAUAAUAUAAGAAAUUAAAGUGAUCAAAAUUUAUUGUUGGUACAUGUUUAGACUGAUAAUUAUCUUUUCAAGAAAACAUAUUUUUAGAGGAUUUGAAUGCUGCAUAGGAACACAGCAUUGCGUGGUUAGAUAUUUUAUAAUAAUUCAGAGAUGCGUAUUCUUAGAAUAUAAAAUAGUUUUGUUGUCAUUAGAAAUAUAAUGCACUAAUACGUGAUUUAAUUUAAGACUCUGAUCAAGUUCUCUGUAAAACAGAGGGAUCACCACUGGCUGAUGUUUUAUUUCAUCUAAUAUGGAAUACUGCAUACAUUGUAGACAUCAAAAUCAGUGAGUUAUGUUUAAAAAUGCUGAAAUCUCAAAAUAACAAACUUGGAAAUGAAAUACUUAUUUUUCGUAAUUGUGAAGGUGUUGUACCUACAAUUUAUGAAACAGCUGUUGAUUUCCUAGAAUUUCCUUUUACUUCUUCCUUUUUUUCACCUACUGUAGGUGCUAGAUAUUGAUACAACAAAGCUUAAUGGGGAAGGUGAUCAAAUGAAAUUGUUUCUUAUUCCACUCCCUCAAAUAUCCUCUUGUUUUAAUCAAGCUGGUGAGUUUACUGAAGUAGUAAAUGCUUGCUUUCCUGAAAAAAAACCAUUACUCACAGUAGUCUAGGCUGGCAAAACAGAAGGGUCAUUGCAUUCACCUAUUGCUUCUGUGGGGAAAGAAUCUUCCCAUUUGUUUCUAUGUUUGCUUUAGAAAUCUUAAAGCAGUCCCUAGGAGAUCGGACAGAGCAACAAAGAAAAAAGGGUGCCACAUGAAGAAGGGCAUAUUCUCCUUGCUCAGAACCAGUUGAAAUUAUUUAAAGCUAAUACAGCCUGAGGUUGUAGUUUUUAUUAUGCAGCUUUCAAGUUUUCUCUUCACCUAACCUAGCACAAACCUAGGCAAAGGAGUGUUUCUGGCAGCACAGCAGAAUUAGCUGCACUAUCGAGUGCUUGGAAUUCCCUGCCAGACCUCUCAAGUUCCAGUGUAAAGCCGCAGGUUGUCAGAUACCUGCCAGCAGUUUUCAGGUUGGACUUCUUACGGACUGGAUGGUCAUACCAGCCAGUAGGUUUUGUUUAAGUGUAAAAAUUUCUGCCUUCUACCACACUACCUCUCAGCGAGAGUAAGAUUUAGGUGAGUUAUUUCAGUCAUCAUUGAUGGAGAAUCAGUGUUCCUUAAUAGUCUGUUACUUAGAGUUGCCUAUUUUUUUAGGCAACCUUGGGUAGAUGCUGUUAAUUCAAUUUUGCCAGCAUCAGCAAAAUCCAUAGUCUUUGGAUUGCACUCUGCUAUGCGUUGUCAACAAGAGAAGACAGAGUAACAGUGAUAAAGUGAUCCAAAGGGAUAUCAGGCUUUUGUUAUAAAUGUGUAAAUACUACAACUGUUGUGAACACUUCAUUGGAAGUUGGAAUGGGCAAAAAUGCACCCUUGUGCAUGUGGUUGGAAAACAUUGGUCACUUGACAUAUCCAUCGCAUACGAAAGUGUUAGACCAGUAAAUGAUAAGUUACUAUAUGGUAGGUGACCUCUUGCAUUUCUAAAUAGAAAUUGAAAUAGCGUUUUUAGAACUGUUAGAUGAAACUUUACUCUGAUUAUUGAUUAUUGAUUUUUUUUUACAGCUUCAUUUUAUUCAUGUACUCAUCAGGUUAAGCAGUUAUAUUAAAAUGCCAAUAAUUGUUUGAAA